GUCGCAUAAGUUACAAGACCAAUUUAUGUACACCCGAGUGAAGUUCACAACAAGUGCAAAACCCUACGACUCUUUUUUUUUUUUUUUGGUCUCGUUAAACCCUACAACUCCCUUCCUCUCUUCUUCAUCCUGCUUCCGCCAUAGCAGCUAUGUCGGAGCUUCAAACCUUCCCCACAAAACCCCGCCUGAAACCUACCUCAAAAACACCCAACAAAUCCCCAGAAUCAAAAUACUGGAAAUCCUUCAAAACCAACGAAAUCUCAGGGCUUAUUUAUUCAAUCACCUCCAUUGAUUUCUCCCCUCAAUCUCCUCACAAUUUCGGCGCUACAUAUGGUUCUUCUUUGUCCUUCUUCAACCCCCACCACCCCUUUUCCCCUUCUGAGCCUCUCUCCACCAUCCACUCAUUCAAAGACAUCUCCUUUUCCGCUUCAUUUCGGUCCGAUGGUAGGCUCAUAGCUGCUGGGUGUAAUUCGGGUAAAGUCCAUGUAUUCGAGGCGAAAACCCGGAACCAGCUUCGUCAAUUGAAGGGGCAUUCUAGGCCAGUAAGGUUCGUUCAAUACCCAAAUGUUGAUAGAUUGCAUUUGAUUUCUGGUGGUGAUGAUUCUAUUGUUAAGUAUUGGGAUGUUGCAACUGAGACCUCUUUGUCUGAUUUUUUGGGUCAUAAGGAUUAUGUUAGAAGUGGGUGUUGUUCACCUGUUGAUGAUAAUGUGUUUGUUACUGGUUCUUAUGAUCAUACUGUUAGGGUGUGGGAUGUUAGGGGGGGUGGUAAUUCGUCUGCAAUGAUGGUUAAUCACGGGAAGCCGGUUGAGAAUGUUGUAUUUCUGCCUUCUGGUGGCUUGAUGGCUACUGCUGGAGGGAAUGUGGUGAAGAUUUGGGAUGUGAUUGGAGGUGGGAAAUGUGUGUAUACCAUGGAGAGUCAUAAUAAGACGGUGACCUCGCUCUGUGUAGGACAAGUCGGGAGGGAUGGUGGCGAAGAGUCUGAUCGUUAUCGCCUUAUGAGUGUUGGGCUUGAUGGGUAUUUGAAGGUGUUUGAUUACUCGAAGUUGAAAAUUACGUUCUCGAUGAGGUUCCCUGCUCCUCUGGUGUCUGUGGGGUUCUCCCCUGAUUGUUCUACACGAGUUAUAGGGACCUCGAAUGGGAUUAUGUACAUGUCAAAGAGGAAGAAAGAGAAAGUGGAAGAAGAACGUAAGGAUUUAGGCUUCUUUCAGUAUAGGGAGGAACCACGAAAGAGGGUGUUGAAGCCAUCACAUUUCAGGUACUUUCACCGAGGACAAAGUGAGAAGCCUAGAGGAGGCGAAUAUUUGAUAUUGAGACCUAAAAAGGUUAAGUUAGCAGAGCAUGACAAACUACUGAAGAAGUUCAGGCACAAAGAUGCUCUUGUAGCUGUUCUUCAGAAGAAGAAUCCAGAACAUGUGGUUGCUGUGAUAGAAGAAUUGGUAGCAAGGAAAAAGCUGUUCAGGUCUGUGUUAAAUUUGGAUAUUCAGGAGCUUGAGGUGUUGAUGUUAUUUUUGCAGAAAUACACUACUCUUCCAAGGUAUGCAGGUUUACUGAUGCCAUUUGCGAACAAAGUUAUUAAAAUGCGAGCUGAGGAUAUCCAAGCUUCCGAUAGCCUUAAGGCUCAAAUACAGAAAUUGAAGCGCGCGACACAGGAGGAGCUGCAGGUACAACAAUCAUUGCUGGAGAUACAGGGAAUAAUAUCUCCUUUAAUGAGGAUUGCUGGGAGGAGAUAGUGUUUGUUUGUACAAGUAUGACUUUCACAGUUGUAUGUUUGAUAACUUCUUACUACCAGGCAACUUUUUAGUGGAGGAUAGUCUCUUAAGCAACAUACUCUUCUCCAACUCCCCCAAAUCUAUAUGUUUAGACUGCACUUCGGAGAUUUGUUCAAGUGAAAUUUUGGCUUUAAAAAUGUCCUUUGUUCUUGUUGUACUAGUAUUGCUUUAACAAUUAUAGUUGGCUUUUAAUGAAAGAUUGAAUUAGUGUUA